UUUUUUUUUUUUGAAGUACUCGAUUUUUUUCCCUACGUAUAGAUUAGUUUCCUUACUGGCCUUAGCACGGCGCAACGCGUUUUCCAUCAGACACAUAUCCAACAACUCUAGAUAGAUAUUCCAUCAUCUUCUUGCGUCAUCCUGCUCAACUCUCACGUUCUUACUCUGUCCAUGAAUGAGAAACGAAGAUCCACCGUUAGUUCGAUACCAAAGAUGCGUUCUCUUGCGGCUAUUAUACUCCUUCUCAGCUUCAGUUCAUGUUAUUCUCUUAAGGAAGAAGGUUUAGAUAAAGAUAGAUUAGAGAAAGAUCUUUGGUCUGAUGAAGAUUCUGCGAUUCUGAAAGCUGUUGGGUUUCACAGGAAAGCACUUGCACCUCGUAGCCCAGUAUCAUACGACAAGUUGCCUUCCAGAAGAAACAGCAGUGAGGCUGGGGCUGCAACUAUCACUCCACCAUCAUCAUCCCCACAACCUUCUCAAAAGAAUGUCUCAACUCAAUCCUCAACAGCUUUGGAUCCAGGAACUACACAAGAUGUUUCUCCUUCACCUCCUCCUCCUCCUCCGUCUGUUCCCGAAGCAAGCUCUCCCACUCCAAGAACCUCUGCUUCUUCUUCUUCUUCUUCUUCCUCUUCUUCAGUGGUUGGUCCUGUAGUUGCUGCCUGCGUAGGCGGUGUUGUUCUUAUCAUCCUUGUAGCUACCGGUGUGUUCUACUUCAGAAGAAAAGUAGGGAAGUCAGUGAAUCCUUGGCAUACAGGUCUUAGCGGUCAACUUCAGAAAGUCUUUGUAACUGGUAUCCCUACUCUAAAAAGAUCUGAGAUUGAAGCUGCAUGUGAAGACUUUAGUAAUGUCAUUGGAUCAUGUCCUAUUGGUAAACUCUUCAAAGGAACACUAUCAAGUGGAGUGGAGAUAGCUGUUGCUUCUAUUAACACCACUUGUGCCAAAGACUGGAAGGACAAUACAGAGAUUCAGUUCAGGAAGAAGAUUGAGAUGUUAUCCAAGAUAAACCACAAGAACUUUGUAAACCUUCUUGGCUACUGUGAAGAAAACGAACCUUUCACCAGGAUCUUGAUCUUUGAGUAUGCUCCAAACGGUUCACUCUUUGAACAUCUACACAGUAAAGAAUCAGAACACUUGGACUGGGGAAUGAGGCUAAGAAUCUCAAUGGGGUUAGCAUAUUGCCUUGACCACAUGCACCAACUCAGCCCACCGAUAGCUCACACAAACCUCGUCUCAUCAUCACUUCACCUCACUGAAGACUACGCUGUUAAACUAGCUGACUUCAGUUUUGGUCCGUCUGAUACAGAAACGUGCAACAACGCAAACAAAGACACAGACAUCUCAGACAAUGUUUACAGCUUCGGUUUACUAUUAUUCGAAAUGAUAACCGGGAAACUCGUGGACUCGGUUAACAAACCAGACUCGGUAGAUACCGGGCUAGUAGAUUUCUUGAGAGGAGAGAGUCUAGCCAAGAUGGUUGAUCCAGCGCUGGAGUCUUGUGAUGACAAGAUUGAGAAUAUAGGUGAGGUGAUCAAGUCAUGCAUUAGAACCGACCCGAAAGAGAGGCCUACGAUGAAAGAAGUCACGGGGUGGCUACGGGAGAUUACGGGCAUCUCACCUAGCGAUGCUACACCGUCACUAUCGCCUCUUUGGUGGGCAGAGUUGGAGGUUUUGUCUAUUGCGUAAGAGAGAGAGUCACCAACAAGAAGUGUAAGUAUGUUGGAAGAUGUGUGAGUUUUGUAAUUGUGUUUUUGUAGUUGUCUACUCAAAAGUGAUAAAAAAAAAAACAAAACUGAAGAUGCUUGUUUUUGGCUUCAGUUCAAGUUACGUAAAUCUAUAAUUAGUGUAUUUAGUGGAGUUAUAGAUGAACGUUGAAUAAAAAAAAAGAUGAACAUGAA